AUGCAUGCGACACAACAACUCAGUGUUGCGACUCGGGUGGCCGAGGAGCGCGAACACCGUCUUCACGAGCUCGAAUGGCACCUGCACAACCUCCAUGCCAACACCGCGUCGCAACUCUCCAACGCCCGGGCGCACGUCCACCAGCUCGAGUCGCGGAACGCGGAACUGGAGCGCGAGCUCGCAGCCACGCGCGACGGCGCGCAGAAGACGACCGCCCUCCUCGAGACGCGGACCACCGAGCUUCGCGCCGCGCAGACCUUCCUCACCACCGCCGACGACGUCGCCGACAGCGACGUCCGCCGCAUCGUCGGCUCCAUCAACGCGCGCAUCUUCCAGACCGCGGCCACCAUCUGCGACGCUUUCCAAGACGGCUACGGCACUCACCAGGACGGCGUCGAGGACGCGUGGGCCCAGCUCGCGGUCGCGCUCUCGGACGACGUCGUCGAGGCGCUCCGAGAGGCGAGCGACUCUGCCUUCGUGCAAGCGGCUCUUCAGGCCGUCAUGGCCGCACACAUCCACCGGCUCUGCACGACGUGGGACCUGAGGAAUGGAGACCAUGCGGGGGACGUGUUCGCGGAGGUAUACAACGACAUAAGGCAGAACGAGCCCCAGUCCGUCUCCGGCAGAUGGCGCGCGCUCUGUCGGAAGCACCUCUGCCCUCCGCUUGCUGCCUCGGACAAACGACCGCACCUCGCAGGGAGCGAGCUGGCCGCGACGCUGGCGGCAGUCCUCCGCGCGUUCGGCGCGCUGGACAGUUUGGAGUCGAUGGAGCUACAUACGGACGCGCUCAACGACAUAGUGCGGCUCGCGAUGGACUUCCGUCGGCUCGCGGGGGAGACGGUCGUGUCGAGCGACUUCGCGCUCCUGCUUGCGCCGCCGGGAGAGGUGUUUGACGAAGAAUGGCUGGAGGACGAGUGGGCAGAACCCAGUAGGAGGCGGAAGCCUGUUGAAAAGAAGAGGCUCGUGUUGUGCACCACGGGCCUUGGGUUGGUGCGAGAGGAAGGAGGAGGGCUGCAGAAGCGCGGUGACGGAGGAGGCAGCACUAGUACGGUCGUAGUCAAAGUCAAGGUCUUGGUGUCGCCCGUGCCAAUUCCGUGCCAGAUGUAG